CGUCAGAGCAGUGCUCUUUUUCCUCACUUGAAGUUACAUUCAUACGAGUACGACGCGUCUCCACUCAAAAUGACUAUACAGAUUAGCGUCCUUCCAGAUGACAUUAUUCACACUAUACUAGACGGAACCACCGUUCAACGCGUCAACAAUGGGUCUUUUAUACGACUGCCACAUCCCAGAACCGGCCUACCAACCUUAUUCCUUCCCUACCAAACCGCCUUGAGUAGCACGAUAUCAGAACUACAAGCCGUUGAACCGAUCAAUGCGAGAUCAUGGUUUAUUGAAAAUGAGGUUAUAUCCGAUGGCAAGUUAUUGUUAAUCACGUCUGUAGAUCCUGCCUUCCUUCUCGUUCCAAUCCUUCGAUCUUUCUCUCCGAAAAAUGGAUCGCUAGGACAAUUCAGAACGGCUGACGAUAUUUUCGAGGAAGCGGCAUCCAAGUUGGAACAAUCCUCGAGUAAGGAUUCCAUCGAAACUAUUUCAGCGAAAGACGUCGCCACAUUUGCAUCUAUGAACUGCUGUAAGGAUGCCUUGACACGAAUCUGCGAUUCGCAAGAACUUCCGCCUGAUAUUAUGGUCUAUCGGUUCUCUCCAACCAAAUAUGUCGAAUAUCUGAAGCUUAAAGUGCUGAAGCUACUGGAGGCGAACGUGAUUGAAGGUUCCAGAACACUGGUGCGUAGCUUAGCAAAGGACGGCCUGAUGGAGGAUGGGAAUGAGAAAUUGCUCGAAGUUGGUCGUCUGAAAAUCGCUUGUGAUUUAGUUGCACAGUAUCUGCCUCCAGAUUUGUGCACUAUGCACCUUGCUUCAUACGAUUUCUCCGAACUCAAUGCCUACUUGGAAAAGCUGGAGGAAGAAAAGAGACUGAAAGCUCGUGAAGCCUCCAGCUCAAAGAAUCGUAAGAAGGCAAUCAAAAAAGAGGAUUCCAAGGAGAAAAUCGAUAAACGGAAGGCGCCGAAAGCAUCUCAAGGAGUCGAGAAACUCAAGAAGACUAAUAUUAACGGAAUGGCAAAACUUUCUACGUUUUUUGCGAAGAAAUCAUGAUAUGUAUGUAUUGUAUGAGUGCGCUUGUUUUGGUGCUUGCAAUACUGCAAUUUUGAUGAACAUGCCACCUACAAUACAAGGCUAACGAGCUCUUCGCCAAGGUGCAUCUCUUUUAACCGUGCAACAGUAGAGGAUGAGCUUGAUCCAAUUGCUAAACCCUCUCGCCGCAUUUCAAGCAUAUCGAACAACGCCUCCGUUUCCAAAUUUCGACCGCUAUACAGUCCGCUCGAGAAUUCUGCCUCCGAAAGAUGUUCAAUCUUCAUAUACGUCAAAGUAGGGAGGAGAGGGGUGCUUCUCAACUCGUUGAAAAGAUUCACUAGACUGCAUGAGCCCUGGUCUCCAUAGUCUAUCAAGUCGGACUCAUCCAGUGGGUUAUCGGAUGUCUUCUGGAAUUCCAGUCGAAGUUCCUGGAGUUCGGGAGUAUUCCGGAAAAGUGUUAUAAGAGUUUCUGCACAAGA